AUGGAGACCCGUUCUGGACGUCAGUGCUCUAAAAGCCUCGUCGUGAAGACGAAAUUCACGAUGGAGACAACGCAAUCAGUGCUAUCGGCGUUGAAGACCGGGAGAUUGCAUGGUCUCAUUAGACCUACAGGACGCUUAUUUUCAUGUCCCCAUCCACCCAAGCUCUCGGAAGUACCUCAGUUACGGGAACUAGGGCUAGUGGUGAACCUGGAAAAGUCUCACCUGGAGCCCUCUCGCUCGAUCAUUUAUUUAGGAGUUUCUGAUGAACUCUCAGGAUUUUCGGGCUUCUCCCUCCCAGGAGAGACAAGACCGAUGCCUGAAUCGGGUGCAGGAAUUCCUGGGGAGACAACAAUGUUCGGCGAGGGAAUGGAUGAGUUCUUUUGGGGUUUGGGGACCAUUUCCUCGAUCGAACAGUUCGUCUCACUGGGAAGACUGCAUCUCAGACCUCUGCAAUUUUACCUCAACAGAAAUUGGAAAAGGAAGGAACAAAGGCUUUCAGACACCUUCCCAAUUUCAGCAGAGGUCAAGAAAGACUUGAUUUGGUGGCUGGAUCCAGCGAAGCUGGGAGAAGGAGUUUCACUUCAACAAUUGAAUCCACAGCUAAUACUGUUCUCAGACGCAUCAGACCUAGGCUGGGGAGCGACUCUGGGGAACAGGGAAAUUUCGGGAAGAUGGAGCGAAACCGAAAGAAAUUGGCAUAUCAACAAGAAAGAGCUGAUGGCAGCUUUUCUAGCUCUUCAGGCAUUCGAGGAAUGUGUGGCAGGCAAAGUAGUGGAAAUAAGCAUGGACAACGUGACUGCUCUAGCGUAUGUCAGGAAACAAGGAGGCACCCACUCGUUUUCUCUGAACGAGACAGCCAAGAAUCUGUUGCUAUGGGCAAAGGACAGAAAUAUCGUCCUCCAAACGAGAUUUGUACAAGGAGAAUUAAAUGUCAGAGCGGACCUCUUGAGCCGGAGAAAUCAGGUCCUGCCAACAGAAUGGACUCUCAAGUUAGAGGUAUGCGAAUUACUAUGGAGGUUAUGGGGGCAACCUUCCAUAGACUUGUUUGCAACCAACAAGACAAGGAGGAUGCAGACGUUUCCUGCUCCCACCGGUGCCCGGAUGCCUACAAGCGGUAGCAGUAGACCGCGUUCCUCAUGA